CGGAACCAAAGAUCUAGAUCUACACAUUAGUUCAUAAGCUGGACCAGACUCAUAAACAAACUAACAAAACACAGGUUUGGUCGGAGAAGGCUUUAUUAAUCCACUUGUCCUCCUCUCAGACUCUACAAAGUCAAAGUUGUUCACUUUACCUAUAAAAACGCUCUCUCACUUUCUUUUCAAUGGCUUCUUCUUCUUGUUUCCUUCGCUCGAUUCUCUUCUCUUCUCCUACUAACCUUCGUUCAAAUCACCAUCUCCCCACUUUCUUCCCCAAGAAUUAUCUCAUUUGCUCUCAUUCCACUUCUUCUCGCUUCGAAUCGCUCUCGGUUUCAUCGAUCGGAACUGGAUCUACCAAGAAAUCAUCCGAUACUCGGAGAAAGGUAAAGAGCAUGGCUACGACAAAUAUAGGAAAGGAGGAGAAGAAAAGAGUCGAGAUUUAUGAUCUCGAAGAGAAUUUAGUGAUUGAUUUGGCUAAAUUCACAGCAGAUCUCUCCGAUAAGUUUUGUAAAGAGAGAGGCGCUUUCACCGUCGUUGUCUCCGGUGGCUCUCUCAUCAAAUCACUCCGGAAAUUAGUAGAAUCUCCUUACGUUGAUUCUAUAGAUUGGGCAAGGUGGCAUUUUUUCUGGGUUGACGAGAGAGUUGUUCCCAAGAAUCACGAUGAUAGCAACUAUAAACUCGCUUAUGAUAGUUUUCUAUCCAAGGUACCAAUUCCGCCUGGAAAUGUAUAUGCAAUCAACGAAGCCCUCUCCGCUGAGGCUGCAGCGGAUGAUUACGAGACCUGCCUCAAACAUUUGGUCAACACCAACAUUCUCCGUGUAUCUGAAUCAACUGGCUUUCCCAAAUUUGAUCUCAUGCUUCUAGGUAUGGGACCUGAUGGUCAUGUGGCAUCAUUAUUCCCUGGGCAUGGUCUCUGCAACGAGAGCAAGAAAUGGGUAGUUUCAAUCUCUGACUCUCCAAAACCACCGUCUGAGAGAAUCACCUUCACGUUCCCGGUCAUCAACUCAUCUGCACAUGUAGCUCUAGUUGUUUGCGGUUCUGGGAAAGCUGAAGCUGUGGAGGCAGCUUUAAAGAAGACUGGGAAUGUACCACCUGCUGGUUCUGUUUCUGCUGAAGACGAGUUGGUUUGGUUCCUGGACAAACCAGCAUCUUCCAAGCUCUAAAAACAGGUGGUAUGCUUCCCAUUCCAGUGAACUUACCAAUGUGACUAGUCCGGUUUAGUUUUUGGAUUUUGACUCUUUGGUUCUCUCCAUUUAUGUUGUGGGAAGAGACUGUUGUGAUAAAAGCGUGUACUUUACAUGGAAAUAAUGAACUAAUCAAUGGUUUCUCUGAUUUGUUUUGGUGUAUUUUGGUUAAAAUCUAUCGGAACCAACACUCUCCAAUUGUUGUUUUGACUAAAGACUAUAACUGAUUGUGUAGUAUGCUCCGGAUCGGACUAAAGUCGAAUUUGUC